AUAGACAACACAGCAACAUUCCUUCAAAGUUGUCAUUUCAGCUUUGGAAUUGACAGCGCGCGAUACAGGAUGAGAGUCGUACGGUUUAGAAAGUUUAAAAUUAAGCAUGUACUGUUUUUGGCAUUAUUUUGCGUGAGUGCAGCGAUUCUGUACAUAAACUUCAUCGGACAAUGGCUGUCUUCUGAGAAGGUGCCAAGCCAUGUUCUGUUUAUGAGAAACAAGCGGUUCGAUGCUUAUCAAGCCAGUGAGCCACUUCGGACAGGUCCCGGAGAAAAAGGACUACCGGUGCAUUUAGAAGGAGAAGAAAAACUUUUAGGAGAAAAACUUAUGCAUAAAGAAGCUUUUAAUAUAGUUGCAAGUGAAAAAAUAUCGCUGGAGAGGUCGGUAAAGGAUGUCCGUGAUCACAGGUGUAAAGAUAUAAUCUAUCCUAAGAAUCUUCCAAGUGCAAGUGUUGUGAUAAUCUACCACAACGAAGCAUGGACGCCGUUACUGAGGACGGUGUACAGUGUGAUUAACCGAUCUCCGCCCGAGUAUCUACAUGAAGUUGUUUUACUAGAUGAUUUCAGUGACCGACCUGAGUUGGGAGACAAGUUGAAGACCUACGUGGAGAAGACCUGGCCUGAUGGCAUCGUGAAGAUGGUGAGGACCCAACAGAGGAGUGGCUUGAUACGGGCCCGUAUCGAAGGCGCCAAGGCUGCCACGGGUGAUGUCAUCGUGUUCCUGGAUUCUCACUGUGAGGCUGGGACACAGUGGUUGGAACCGAUCCUUGCUCGUAUACAAGAAAACCGGAAGACGGUGGUGUGUCCGAUAAUUGAUGCCAUCAACGACAACACACUGGAGUAUUCCGGACAGGGGGGCUACAACGUGGGUGGGUUUUCCUGGAGUAUGCACUUCACCUGGAGAGACAUCCCGGAGAGGGAGAAAGUUCAUCGGAAAUACACAGACCCAAUCAGCUCCCCGACAAUGGCUGGAGGCUUGCUGGCGCUGGACAGGAAGUUCUUCUGGGAGAUCGGAGCUUAUGAUGACGGGAUGGACGUGUGGGGAGGAGAGAACCUCGAGAUCUCCUUCAGAACCUGGAUGUGUGGGGGCCGGCUGGAGUUUCUACCGUGUUCCCGUGUCGGUCAUAUCUUCCGUUCCAGUCAUCCCUAUACAUUCCCAGGCGGCAAGGACACUCAUGGUUUAAACUCAGUAAGGGUGGCCGAGGUCUGGAUGGACGAUUAUAAAAGGCUGUUCUUUAUGCACAGACAUGACUUGAGGAAUAAAGACUUUGGUGAUAUAUCUGCCCGAGUUGAUCUCAGGAAGAAGCUGCAGUGCAAGAGUUUCAAGUGGUUCCUGGACAACGUGUACCCAGAGAAGUUUGUUCUGGAUGAGGACGUCCUAGCCUGGGGUUUGGUGAGGUCUGGGGGUAGUACACUCUGUCUGGACACCCUAGGCCGAGAGGACAAGAUUGAAUAUGAUCUUGGAGUUUUCAGUUGUCAGCACGGGGCCAGCGCAAAUGAGCUGUUUUCCUUAAGUAAGACGAAUGAGCUGCGGAGAGAGGAAGUGUGCCUCGACUCCCAGGGGGACGACGGCAGCGUUGCCAGGAUGAUGCUGUGUUUUAAAAAGACCCCCGGAAUGAAGUGGAAAUAUGAUGUGGUCCAAGGCACGAUUAUCCAGGAGAAGUCUGGCAAGUGUUUAGACAGAGCCAAGCUGACUGCCGGCGGCACCGUCAUAGUAAAUCCAUGUAACGGAGGAGACUCGCAGAAGUGGACAUUUGAAACAGUCAGCAUUUGAGGGAUUGUUUAGAAAGGUUAUUUAUUGAGCUUUCAGCUCCACUGAAUAUGUAUGUUGUAUAUAUGAGUAAGUAAAAUGUGUGUGUGGAACAUGUGACGAGUGUCUUCCUGUUCUGGACUCUAGGAUAGUGCAUUUGAUGGAAUAUGCAUGCUUGAGAGGGCAAUGGUUGGUACUUACUUUAGAUUGCUAGAUCCGAGAAAAUUGAUGUCAUUAUCACCUGUAUCUUAGCCUUCAAUUAUAAUUAAUUUCAGCAUAGGAUGCUGUAAAGAGGGCAAGAGAUUUCAACCAGUUGGAUCGUCAUUCAACAAGAAACAACUGAACCAAUAUUUUGCACACUACAGUCGGUUUGGCUCAAAUGCGGACCGUCGAAUUACAAUCUAACUCGAAAACUAUUAAACAUAACAUACUCAAUGAAACGCUGAUCAUAAUCAAAACAUCAUACCCACUCUGUGAGGUUU